CAUAGCAGUCAGAGUGAACGAGGACAACGAGGAGAAUCUGUAAUCUCAUCCGUUGCCGGUGCGGGAUUCUCCAGGCACUCUGUGACAGUGAUCCAAUGGAACUACACAGUUUAUAUUCCAUAUACGUCUCGGUUUAUUUGGCACUGGCGUGCAUCAAGAGCAGCGAGUUUAAGCCUCUGUCCAGUCUCAAGUGGAAAAAUGAGACACAAAUUCGGAUUGAAGCGAUCAAGAAAGCCAUCAUGGAACAGCUGAGACUCGAAAGCCCUCAUAUCUCCGGAAUGAAUAUUUCUAGAUCGGAGGAGGAGGAGAUGUAUAAACUUUAUCUAGAGCGUGUGAGACAAUCCAGUCAAAAUACUGGCUUGUGGAACAAAAGAUCUAUGAGGAUACAUUCUGUCAAUUCGAUUAUUCUGAAGGGAACAAUUUUGGAAAAUACAAACAGAACAAAUGACUUGAACAACAACAAACAACACUUAUACUUUAAUGUUUCCAUUACCAACAACCUACUUGUCUUUCCUAAAGUAAAGAUCUUGAAAGGUGAACUUAAAUUGUACAAGCGCAUGGAUCAGAAUUCAAAUUCACAUCAGAAAAGGAUAAGGAUAGAUGGAAACCCACAGCUUGUAAGAGUCUACAAAUUAUUCAAGCCAGCAACCAAAAGGGCAGAGAUACAACCUAAUUUUCUUGGUUCAAAGGUCAUUCCAUCAAAUUCAGAAAAGGCUGAAACCUUUGACAUUCGAAAAACUGUGGAACAUUGGAUAAAUUACCCACAGGAAAAUUAUGGCCUUGAAUUUGAGCUGCUUUCCUGGUCUUCUGGACAUAAACAUGGUUCUGAAGAUAAAGCGUCUAUUGAAGUAGAAUUGGAAAUAGAAGUACAAAAGGUUUUUAAAGAAGUUCGGACACGUCGUGAAAGCUAUACCGAGGACUGCCAGGGAAACCAAAUACAUUGUUGUAGGCGAUCGCUACAUGUGUCUUUUGAGGAGAUUGGAUGGUCAGACUGGAUCAGAGCCCCAUCAAGUUACAAUGCCUUUUACUGUGAUGGCACAUGUCCACAAAAGUACAAACUUGCCACAAUGCAUACACUGAUCAAAUCAAAGAUGAAUCGACUAUCUAAUGGAGCUAUUCCAGCUCCCUGCUGUGUUCCUGCAUCCUAUGAGCCACUAACUUUGCUCCAUUUUAACAGCAAUGACAAAUUAAUACUCACAGCAUUUGAUGACAUGAUUGUCUCCAAAUGCCAUUGUUCUUAAUUUUAUCAACAAAUUUCCAAUUUAGGUAUUUAUUGCAAGAAUAUUUAUUGAUUUUUAUAUGCUUUACCAUCUGCUGUAAAAUAAAUUUUAUCGUGUCAAGUGUCACUUCAGUCCCCUCAAGUAACAUUUCAUUUUAGUCAAUGUGUUAAAUUCAAAUAAAUAUUCCGUCUUUAUCUACUUUUCUUGAUGCCCCACUAAAGAUGCUUACGUCCGAGUAUUCACAUUUGCAGUUGCAGCAGGGAGUGAAUCGAUUCAAACAUGAAAUGUAAUGGAAGUCUUAGUGAAAUAACUAAAACCUGGAUGUUGAUUUUCUUUAUGGCCUACUAUACUUGACAAAAAACUCUUUCUGCACAUAAAUCCUACAAUAGCGGAGUGAGAGAGUUGCAAAUUGACCACCAGCCAAAAGGAAGCCUCCAAUCUUCACAUUCCAUCACUUGAAUGAUGUCUAGAAUUUUCCACAUGCUUUUGUGCUGUCACUGAAGUGUAUUCUCUUCAUUCAACAGGCAGGAGACAAUAGACAAUAGGUGCAGGAGUAGGUCAUUUGGCCCUUCGAGCCAGCACCGCCAUUCACUGUGAUCAUGGCUGAUCAUCCACAAUCAGUACCCCGUUCCUGCCUUUUCCCCAUAUCCCUUGACUCCGCUAUCUUUAAGAGCUCUAUCUAACUCUCUCUUGAAAGCAUCUAGAGAAUUGGCGACAUAACAGUUAUUUUGCAUUUUUAGUUGAAACAAAAUUUAGGUUCAUCAGCAAAGGAAUGAUAUUUCCAACUAACUUUGGAUAAAGCUUCCAACGAUGAUCUAGUGAUCCUUGUGGUGACAGCAAUUGCUUGAGGAGCCAAUUCCAAUAAACAAUUCUCACAGAAAGCAGAAAGAAUCAAUCUUUAAUUAUCCCUUUAAACACUGUACAGAAUAUUGGAACAUG